AUGAAUGAAAUAACAAUAGAAAACAUUAAUAACACCAGCAAUACUAUCUACAACAACAUUAAUACUCAACAACAGCAAAGUAAUGCUUUCGAACUCGACGAACAAGGAGGGAUUGCUAGGCCGGAAAUGUUGGCAGCAGAUUGGGUUGAAUUAUUACUUUUAGGGUUACUUUUAAUUUUUGGCCUUCCUUUAAAUGCUGUUGCCCUCAGCAAACAACUUGGAGGGACUAAUUCUUCCUUUCUCAAUCCAAGAAAAUGUUCCUCAAGAAUUUCGAGGCAAGAAGUUACCCGAACCAAUUUUCUAUGGUUAAAGCUACAUUUGACUGUUGUUGACUUGCUAGUCAUCCUCUGUUACUGUCCCUCACAUAUUGCUUGGUUAGUUGGUUACACUUGGAGUGCCGGGGAGUUUCUCUGCAAAGCAAUGCAGUACAGCUGGGAUUUUUGCUUCCAUUUAAUGUCUUUUGGCGUUCUCAGCAUAGCCUUAGACCGGCUUAGAACAGUUUACGGACUUAUGAGAAUGGAAAAAACAGGAAAAAUGGCUGGAGCUGUUGCUUCUAGACAAAUACGUUUUGUUAAGCGUCUAAUUCUGCUUUCUUAUGUUGGUGCUGCUCUAGUUUCUGUUCCUCAAUGGUUUGUGUGGACUACAAUAGAUAUGCGAACAUGGUCACAAUGCACUACUAUUUGGCAUAAAAUACGUGCAAUUGAAUACAUUCAUGGGGGCGAACCAACAGAAAGCUUCACCGGAGAAAAGAUUUACACCUUGCUUCAUUUACUCACCGUAUUUUGGCUGCCCUUUCUAGCAAUUCUCGCUGCUUAUGUUUACAUUGUUUUAUUUUUGUUUCUGUACUCCCUAAGGCCUAGCACCGCUCGACCUUCAGCUGCUUCACUUUAUUCUACCACAACUACAGGAGCAGGAGCACCAUCCUCCGUGUUUUCUAGGCCAUCUUUUGACCAACACCCUUUAAAUAGCGUACAUUUAAAUCGAAGCAGCAUCAGUAAAAACAACGAAAAUUACAACAGCACACUUUUAGUUGUCCCAAACAUGUGUAAUGAAAAUUCAAGUAUUUGGCCUAGCACGACUUUAGAAUCUUCUGUUUCACCAGCAUGUCAGUUAAGUGGGGGUGAUUCGACGUUAGCUAAUGCUAACCUUCUUUGUGCUCAACCAUCAAAAAAACUUAAAGUACCCGCCUGGAGACUAGAAAUGCGUUCUCGUAUAUUUCAAACAACUAUUCAUGUAAUAGCUGCAUAUUUGAUAUGUUGGUUACCUUAUAAUGUUUUGGCAUUAGCUACCUUUUUCUCACGAGACUUGCAAAUUACAAUUUCUGUACAUUUGGAAUUGAUGCGUAUUUGUGUUCUUCUCAACACCCUACUCAACCCCUUCAUUUACGGCUUUAAAAAAGGACAGCCAUGACACCCUAAACUCAACAUAUCAACACAACACUCCUUCCCUUGCUCCUCCAAUUUUCCUCCUUUAACAACCGAUAUUGAGCAGACAGACCAUUUGCGGAGAUACACCCACUUGAAGGGUGAAAAGCUGAAGAGAAAAAUUUUUUGAGAAAAGUGAAGCAAAAAAUGAGA